AUGGAAGUCAUAGGUUUAGACAGGCUUUAUGCCACUGGUCAGAAGGAAGCUAUAUCAAUUAAUUUCAAUAUUUUUAUUGAAGAUCCAAGUCUAAAGGUUACUGACGCGGCAUUGUAUCAAAGCUUAUCUGUUUUUCCACUUGUUCGGAACUGCAUCUGUGGAAAAGAGCCAUACGAUUCUGCAGCUUCUCAAGAGAAUUAG